AUGGCGAUCGACUCGUCGCGACCCAAAUCGGUUCUCGCGGAUCUGCACUCGGUUGCCCAGCCUCGGACCGACAACCGCGUCGCGAAGACCGCCGCCGCGGUCGCGCUCGGCUCCGCGUCCCUCCUCGCGGCGCACGCGACCCUCCCGCCGGCCGUCCCGUGCGUCGGCGUCGGCGUCGCCCGCGCCGGUACCUUCUCCCACCAGAAGGACCACACCCUCGGCGACGUCCUCUACUACAGGUUCCAGAAGAUCUUCGCGCUGCCGUUGCCGGGGAAGAUAUUGUGCCUCGUGGCGUUCACCGUUCCGGUGGUGUUCGCCGGCGCCGUCGCGUACAAGGUGGUGGACGCCCUCAACGCCAAACUCGAGCCGGCGGCCGGCGAGGAUUCGUCGAACGAACCCGAGUCGUGGACGGAUGCGUUGGCUAAUUCCUUUUAUUUACUCAACAACGUGCCCGGCGCAGACGCCACCACGGACGAGUGGGACACGCCGGGCGGCGCGCGGCGGGGUUUCGUCACGCAGUGCAUCGUCUUCGUCGGCCUCUUCGUCUUCGCCAUCAUCAUCGGCAUCAUCUCCGACGAGAUCACCGCGCAGGUGGAGGAGGUCAAGACUGGGAACAACAAGGUUGUCGAGUCCGAUCACACCGUCAUCGUCAACUGGAACAGCCAGCUGGUGCCGCUGCUGAAGCAGAUGGCGGUGGCGAAAUCGGAACGCGCGGGGACGUUCGACCGACCGGUGGUGCUCCUCGCGGACGUGGACAAGGAGACGAUGGACGAGGCCAUCGGCGAGGCGCUCGAGGAAAGCCCGCCGUUGCAGGUGGUGACGAGGCGGGGUAACCCCUUCGACGCCGAGGACCUCGCGCGCGUCAACGCCUUCGCCGCCAAGCGCGUCAUCAUCCUCCACCCGCACGAGGACGAGGUCGGGCUCCUGGGCCAAGGCGUCCACGCCCGGGACGAGAGCGACGAGAGCGCGGGGCGCAUCAAGGAGCUCCAGUUUCAGCGCGAGCAGCGCGAGGAGGCGCUCAAGGCGACGGUCAUCUUGAACCUGCUCAACGACAAGGCGCACGCCAACCCGGACGUGGUGGUGCAGAUGCCGUACCGGCUCCCGAAUGAGCAGGACCUGGUGGGGCACGCGCUCAAGAUCACGAAGAGCCAGGACGCCAGGUCGAUGGGGCAGAUCCCAUCGUCCUCGUCAUCCUCGUCGUCCUCGGCGUCCUCGUCGUCCUCGGCGUUUGAGACGUCCGCGCCGAAGGAGGGCUCGCCGCGGACGCGGUACGUUCAGGUCCACGGCACCGAAAACACCGGCAAGAUCAGCGCCUUCGCCGCGUUCCAACCCGGCAUCGCUCGCGUCUUCGAGGUUCUCUUCGAGCAGGACGACGCCACCCCCGAAUUUUACCUGUCCGACGCCCCGCAGUUCGUGGGCGUUUGCUUCGCCGACGCGUGGCGCAUGCUCCCUCGAGCCACUCUGUGCGGGGUGUCGCACGCCGACGGGUCCGUCACCCUCGCGCCGGACGACGCUUACGUCAUCCGCGCCGACGACGAGGUGGUGCUGCUCGCGGAGUCGUCCAGCGUGGACAUCACCCCGGCGGACGACGCCGUCACCCCUCGGAAAGGAUCGGAGAGGUACUACAUGAAGGCGCUGUCCGAAUACACCGACGCCGACCGGGGGCCCAAGAAGAUUCUCUUCGCCGGGUACAACGACGAGACGUUACUGGCGGUGAAACUGGCGCAAGACAUGGCGCCGAACGGGUCGCAGAUCACCAUCCUCGCGGAGCAAAUCCCGGCGGAUGAGUUUGAGCAGCUUCGAUCCACGCCAAACUGUAAGCUUCGCGUCGUGAAAGGGGUGCCGUCUUCGCACGAGCACCUCAAGUCGGUGCCCGUGUCGACUCAGGACUCGGUGGUGAUCAUGCCGGCGAGGGACCUGGGGUCCAAGGCGGAGGAGGACGCCACCGUCCUCGCCACCAUCCUUCAGACGUACGCCAACUGCGAGUUGCGAAGGUCGAGCGCGCCCGAUCCCUCGGCGCCCCAAUAUCGCAACCCCCACAUCGUCGCGACGCUCAACACCGACUCCGCGAGGACCAUCGCCGAGUUGAUGGGAACCGUGGACACCUCGCACGCGGGGGAGAUACCGGACGUGAUCAUGUCGGACGACCUCAUCGGCGGCGUGUUGUUGCAGGUGUCGGCGAAUCCGAGGCUCGCGUCACUCUUUGACGCGUUGCUCGCGACGGAGGGACACGAGUGCUACAUCCGAGACGCGGAUCUGUACGGCGGAGCGGACACGAGGGCUACGUCGGGCACUAGUGGGGGACAAUACGAAGGGUCUGGAAAGGGUCUGGAAGGCGAAGGGUCAUACGCGGACGCCGGUCCGGUGCGGUGGGGUGUCGUGUGCGAGCGCGCCAGGGAACGGGACGAGCUGGCAAUGGGGGUGAUGCGCGCGGACGGGGAGAUGGUCAUCUCGCCCGCCAAGGACGCCACCUUCGUGUUCGAGGAGGGCGAUCGCAUCAUCGUGCUGGCGGAUAGCCUGUGA